AUGGAGCCGCAGCCACAGACACAGCAGCUGGACCCCGGCCUACUUUCCCCGCCGGUCGUGUCCUCGCUCCGGGGAGACACCGCCAGCGACAUGCAGCGCUCUCUCAGCCAGGACAUCCGCGAAGAGAGAGAUGACUUGCGUGAGGCCGCAGAGCAGACGCUCAAUGCCAUCAUGGACCUCAACCUCGACGGCACCAUACGUUGGGUCGGUCCGUCUUGGAAUGAUGUGCUCGGUUCCGAACCCGAGGCCGUCCAGGGCGCCCACAUUUCCGACUUGAUUGCUAGUGACAACAAGACUAUAUUUACCGACAUUGUCGAGUCUAUGAAGAAAGAUGAUUCCCAAAGCCAGAUCGUCCGCUUCGCCAUGACCCUGGGUCCCAAGUCAAAACUACUUCCGACGGAUCGCUCUGCCGAGCCUUCGGGCACUGCCCCGCCUGAUAUAAUCGACCUUGAGGCCCAGGGCAUCAUGGUCCACGAUACGGGCUCGGGUGGGGAGAGUCAUACUAUGUGGAUGAUCCGUCCCUGGAUGGCCCCACGCGAGAUUAAGAUCGACUUGCCGCGCCUCAUCGUCGACUCCUUGGGAUCUGGGGCCGAAAUCCUCGCCAGCUACCUCACGCAACUUGCCGAAUCCGGACUCGACAACCCCGGAAUGCAGCCUGCCCCGCAGCCAGUUCUCUGCCGAAUAUGUGAACGCCAUAUUCCUCCCUGGUGGUUCGAGAAGCACACCGACCUGUGCUUGCAGGAGCACACAGCCGAGAUGGAGGUGCAAAUGGCCCAGGACAAUCUGACCGAGCACCGCCAUGCUAUUGUCAAGGUUCUCGACGCCCUGGAGGCGCGAAAGAGCCGGUCGCUGACGGGUGACGCACCACCCGCGCUUUUGGCCGAGUACAAGGGCUUGCCAAUCGGACCGCCUCCCUCGUCAAACUCCUCUUCCUCGGCAACAUCUUCUCCAUCACCCGCCGCUGGUCGUUCCAGGGACCGAUCUUCGGCAUCGUCGGGCUUUGGCCACGCGCGCGCCCGCUCCUUUGCCAUUCGCAGACCACAGGCUAGAAUUGUCGAGCUGCUGUUAGACCUCUGCGACACUGCCAUGGAGAUCAGCACGCCAGCCAUCAAGGAGUCGUCUUCGCAAAACCCGGGCGAGCUGCGCACCCAGUCUCCGCAGUCCGAGUCUCGCAUCUCCCAGGUCGCCCAAUGGCAGUCGCCGAGCACAAACACACUCGAGCAGGAGCAGGGUCUCGCCGCACUCUGUGCGGAUUCGGAAAAGGUGGCAAAAGCAAAGGUUGAAGCAGUGCUCCGCCAUCGCCGCAUCAUCGAGUACGCAGAACGUAUCCGUGUCGAGUUCUCUGUCAUUGUGCAGGACUGCAUUGACGAUGCAAUGUGCAAAGCGGCCAAAAUUGCUUCUGGCAGCUUGAGCGACUCGACCGAAUCUGCAGGAGACGAAGUCGCCGACGACGACUAUGACGGAGCUGCUACCCCCGCCAACAACGAGGAGGCCUUCUUUACCGGCUCUUUUGAUGCCCCGUCCAAGCUGGCUAUGGCUCUCGAGAGGGCCAAGAUCAGCGACGACCCUGAGAACCGCAGGUUGCCCUCAGCUGCAGGCUCAUCGGUUGCUGAGUCGCAGAAGUCGGCAAGUCCUAUGGAGUGUCCCACACCCAAAUCCACGCUCGGUGCCAAAUGCAUCUCGGCUCAGCGCCAUUCGCGGCGUGGAUCGAUGCUCCUCGAGAGCGAUGCAGGUGACAGUGACGGCAGCAUACGGUCUUCAUCAGUUGUUUCACGACCGCCUCCUCGUACCGAGUCGCCUAUCUCCGAAUUUGGCGACCUUCGCCGCCAGGCAAGCUCAAGACAGCACCACCGCCGAAGCCUUAUUCUGCCCGGAGCCAUUUCUCCUCACCGACAGGAAUCACCGUCUCGCACUGCGGCCCAGACCCCGUCCUCGCCUCUGAGAAUUAAUAAGCCGCGCAAUCUCACAUACCCGCCGGAAGGCGUCGUGUCUCCCGAAGCUUCACCGAUGCUACCGAGCAGCGAAUUUGGAUCACCAUAUCUCAUCAGCCAGUACCAACCCCAGCCGUCGCAUCACUAUUUGCACCAUCAUCGGCGACAAUCAUCUAUCUCGGUGUCUGCAUCGGGCGAGGUAUCUACCCGGCCUCCCCCGUCACCGAGACUGAACGCUGUAGGAGCACCGCCAAUGGCACGUGCCGUCCCCCCGUCGAUCAAAGACUUUGAGGUGAUCAAGCCAAUCAGCAAAGGUGCCUUUGGCAGUGUAUAUUUAUCUAAAAAGAAGUCCACGGGCGAGUACUUCGCCAUCAAGGUGUUGAAGAAGGCCGACAUGGUUGCCAAGAACCAGGUCACCAAUGUCAAGGCCGAGCGUGCAAUCAUGAUGUGGCAGGGCGAGAGCGACUUUGUUGCGAAGCUGUACUGGACCUUUUCGAGUAAAGACUACCUGUACCUGGUGAUGGAAUACCUGAGCGGUGGCGACUGCGCUUCCCUCAUCAAGGUGCUGGGCUGCCUACCGGAGGAUUGGGUGAAGCGGUACUUGGGGGAAGUCGUUCUUGGUGUCGAGCAUCUGCAUGGUCGCGGUAUCGUCCACCGAGAUCUGAAGCCCGACAACCUGCUUAUUGACCAAAAAGGCCACCUAAAGCUUACUGAUUUCGGCCUGUCGCGCAUGGGUCUCGUUGGUCGCCAAAAGCGCGCCCUUAACAGCGCCACAAAUGAGCCUGUGCCAGAUCUUCUGAAGCAGGGCCCGUUCGCCCGGUCAACGUCGAUCAACUCGUCUCGAUCAACGUCGCUCGAUCUUCACGGAGUCCACGCCCAGUCGCCCGGUGGCACACCCUUAAUGACACCAAGCGACGCUAUUGGCAGCUGUGGCCAACCCUCAUACUUUAAUCUAGGCAACGCCCCCCCCGAAAACCGACUCUUGUCGGGACAUCGAAGCGAUAGUGGUGGCAGCGAGUCACUGAGCCACAUGAUUAGCAACUUGUCGCUCAACGAUGUCACAUCUAUGCCUCAUCAUACGGUACAGUCACCCCAUGGAGAGGGAAGCGAGGGCGAUAGUUACGGGUCGCCGGACCUGCCAUCUCUGCAGCCGAUGAUGACCUACGGAAGCAGUGGCCCGGACCAAGGAGGGAAAGGAACUCCCCCACUGGCGGGCAUGCCACCUCCCAACUGGGCCCUGUUUGACCCGGAAGACACGAACCGCCGUUUCGUAGGCACGCCCGAUUAUCUGGCGCCCGAGACCAUCCGGGGCGAGCCUCAAGAUGAGACGAGCGAUUGGUGGUCGGUGGGCUGCAUCAUGUUUGAGCUGCUGUACGGCAUUCCUCCCUUCAAUGCCGGCGAAGCUGAGCGGGUAUUUGAGAACAUACUGGCUCGCCGGAUCCACUGGCCGGAGGAGAUGGACGACGAAGUGUCUCCAGAAGCGAAGGAUCUGAUCAACAAGUUGCUCUGCAUGGACCCGCGCGACCGCCUCGGGGCCAACCAUGAUGAGAAGUAUGCGUCUGGUGGCGAGGAGAUUCGCAGCCAUGUAUGGUUUAAGGAUGUCAACUGGGACUCCCUUCUGCAGGAUGAAGCGCAGUUUGUGCCUCUUCUGGAGAACCCCGAAGACACGGAGUACUUUGACGCCAGGGGUGCCACGCUGCAGUCUUUCACGGAGGAGGUCGAGGACCAGUCGGCGUCCUCGGGCGGGGUGAACAGCGACUAUGCUGAUCGACCGCAUGAUGCCCUGUCUCGUGUGCGGACACAGGCGAACUCGACGAAGCGCGGGCUGAUGCCGCUGCACAUUCCUCCACAUGUGCGUGACUUGAAAAGCCGACGCUUAAGUGAGCCGGUCGUGAUAGAUGAUUUUGGCAAUUUCGCCUUCAAAAACCUGCCAGUGCUGGAGAAGGCAAACAAGGAUGUGAUCCAAAAGCUCCGGGCCGAGGCCCUGGCUGCGCAGAACAAGCAGCAGCCGGCGUUGAGCCCCGGCGGAACUACUUCGAUAUCGUCGCCCGGACCGGCGCUCGAGGGAAGUCCAGUCCUGUCGGCGCCAGCCAACCAGCAAAUUCAGAGGACAAUGUCGAAUGCGAAAGCAUCGCAGCGGCCGCAGUCGCCGUCCAACCUCAGCCAGGCGGCUUCGUCUCCUAGCAGGGCUUCGCAGCCGUCAUCGCCGUUGUUGGUGUCGUUUCACGCAGGACCUGACAGCCGACGAAAAGUUUCCAACAACAACCCGCCGAGCACACUUCAGCAGUCCAGCACGAGCAGCUCGAUGCAGUCUGCUGCCGGUUACAUUGAAGUGCCCCGCGUCCCGCCGAGCCUCCAGAAGGCGGCUUCUGCUGCAAUGAGCCCUUCUCCAGCCGGCAAACCCCGCGGCCCGUUUCCGCCGCUGCCACAAUCGCCACAGAAGACGGUGACGACACCACGUCAGACGAGCAACCCAGCUACGCGUUCGCGCUCGUUGACGGUGGGCUCCCAGGAAGGAAGCCCGAUUGCGGCAGAUAUCCUCAACCACCGAAACCGCCGCAGCCAGGUCUUCGACAUGUCACCCUCGUCUUCCGACAACGAGGGGGACAAAGCAAAUGCGCUGCUUCUGCGUGUGCAGCGACGCCGCCAGAGCUCGCGUCGCAUGUCGCAGAUUGCGAUCGACAGUGGGCCAGUGUUUCGGCCUCUGGACGUUCUCAUCUGCGAAGAUCAUCCGGUGUCGAGAAUGGUGAUGGAAAAGCUGCUGGAGAAGCUGCGGUGUCGGACGAUUUCAGCCGCGAGUGGCCCAGAAGCUGUCCGUUACGCCAUGAGCGACAUCAAGUUUGACGUCAUCUUCAUGGAGUACAAGCUGCCGCAGAUCAGCGGCGCCGAUGUGGCCCGCAUGAUCCGGGAUACAAACAACACUAACUCGCACACGCCGCUUGUGGCGAUUACGGCCUAUCUGAAGGAGCUGCAAGCACGGCAACACUUUGAUUCGUUGAUCGAGAAGCCAAUCAGCUCGUCGAAGUUGACUGAGGUUCUGGGCAGUCUCUGCCAUUGGAAGCCGCCUGCUUCGUGUCAGAACAUGACGCUGCCCUCUUCGUCGGCUUUGGGCCACCCGAUUCCGUCUAGCUUGCGGCAGGAGAGCAUUCGGCUCGAAGACAGCCCAACUUCGGUCUCUUCGGUGUCAGCAAACCGGACCACCAACAGCUUCCGGGGCUCCAGCCGGGAGGACUCUAUUGGAUCAAGCCUGUUUGGAGAUUCGGAGUCAGUGAGCACUGACGAUAUCCCGAUUGUGAUUGGGCGUAAAGCAACUACUGGUGAAUGGGACGAAGGCGGGCUGGGUAUCUCGCAGGAUGACAAUAUGCUGGGCCCAAGUGAUCCGACACGGCUGCAACCUCUGUCACCGCUUGCUACUGCAGCAAAUCCCGGCCCAGGCCCGGUACAGUCGGUAUCGCUGUCGGCACAGCGCUUUGUCUCAGCCAGCACCUCUGCUAGCCCCGUUGUUGCCCAGCCGGGGCAGAAGUUGGUCUCGGUGCCGGAUUCGAUGGCAUUGCACGCACCUGUGCCGGUGCCGGUGCCCCAGCGCUCGCUAGAGAAGCUGCGAGCCAAGCGGGAGGCCAUCGAGAAGAGGCGGCACGAUGGCAGCGUGGAUUCGGCCGACGACGAAGAUGACGAGCUUGGUCUGGGCACGAACAGCAGCGCAGUCAGCAGCGGCAGCUCAAGCAGCGGCAGUCCUAGCAGCGUUGGCGGGCGGCAGUCGUCAAGACAGCACUUUCGCAGCAAGUCGGUACUGCCGUCGUCCAAACUGGGCAUUGAGAUGAUGCGAGCCAACAGCCACGACAGUGUCAUCCUCCACGGCUCGGAGAACAUCAAGACGGGGACGAUGAAUUCUUCGGCGCAGACUGCGAGGCCGACGGUGAAAUUUCGCCGGAUCGAAGAAGUAGACCAGACAGCUGCGGCUGCUGUUGCUACAGGUGAGCUGGACAACAGCGGGACUGGUGAAAUCGACUUGGCUGAGGUUGCUGUGGAAGACUUCGACGAGAUUGAAGACGUGCCGGUGGCACAGACGCCUCCCGAGCAAAUCAACGUGAUCGGUGCAGUGGCCGCAGAAAAAGCAGCUAUUGACGGCAUGGCAGACGACGAGACGCCCAAGGCGACAGACAGGCUUGGUGGGACGCUGGAUGCCAGUGUUGAAGACCAAGAUCCGACGCCUCGGCCGUCGUCUAAAAUCGUGGACCUGGAAGAACAGACGCCUGAUGGUUUUAUCUAA